UUUUUUCUGCUUCACUUUCUUUCCUUCAUUUUUCAAUAGACUUUCAAAUAUAAACAUGGUAAAACGAACUGGAGAUAGAAAAAGGUUCCUACAAGAAGAUGUAUUGUCCAACUCCUCGUCUAGGUCAGCUUCAAGAGUGAGAACACCUCAAGUUGAUGGCGAAGAAAAUGGUCAGUUAGAUGUCAAUUUCCACAGCAUUGAGGAGCUUUUAACUCAAAAACUCGAGUCCUUACAACAGCUUAUAGAAAUGCAACAACAACAGAAUGUAGACGAUCCAGAUGGUAGCACAAAGGAUAGCAAUGCUACCGCACAUGACCACAAGCAAAGUAAGGCAAGACAAUAUAAUCAAGUUAGAAUUCAAUCUGGUCUGACAACCAUAAAUGAAAUCAUAGAUUCAUUAAGUACUUCCAGAGCAGAAGUCUCAAGUCUGUCCCGUGAGUUGCUUCUUGCCCAAUUAUACAAAUUAAUUGUCUCAAGACCGUUGGUGGUUUACAAUGAAGAACAACAAGGGACUCCUAAUUUUGUCACUGAAGACAACGUCCAGGCCUUACUCAAGAAUCUUACUGCCGAAGAUUACCGGUCUUCUAGUGAGUUUUUACUUCUUUUCAGAUGUUGUAUGGCGUUACUUUGUAGUGAUAUUGACGAAUUUGGAGUUUUGAUAUCAUCGGAUCUUCUUAAUUUUAUCCUCAAGCUCAUUCAAGAACCUGCAACUUCAGUGGUUACCAAUGAGAACAAGGCUUCGAUUGUAACCGGAUUAACAGCCUUGUUGAUGGUCUUACACAAUGGAUCCUCCACCUAUGGUUUGGAUGAAAAAAUUGCUUACUUUUUGGAAAUUGCUGAAGGAUUCAGUGCUAGCUCAAUAACUCUUAGCAGUGAUUUACAACUGGGAGAUCGUGAAUAUUCUACAUUAAUUAAUGACGAAAACGAUGAUAAACGUAUUGUGAACGAAGUUGUAUCGAAGGCCAAUGCAGAAGCUGGUGUUGCUAUUGCAGCUUUGCACGGCGCUGGGUGUAUCAUGACUCUUCUUCCUAAAGGUGACUACUUGAAUGAACUUAUUACUGAUUCCAUGUCAAAAUUAGUACCUUUACUUGAUAAUGAUGUGAAUUUGGAAAUAUCGAAGGCUGCAGGAAGAGCCAUUGGUCUUUGUUACGAAAUGUAUACGUAUGCUCGUGAUGAGGAUGCCGGAGAAGAUGAAGAUGAUGAUGAAGAUUAUAAUUAUAACUCACCAUAUUAUGAACAAGAACUGCUUUUCUCCAUUGUGGAUAGACUUGGUUCCUUGUCGUCCCAUAAAGUUGCCAAAAAGGACAAGAAAUCGACCCAUUCGAUCUUUAGAGAUGUGCUUAACACAUUAAAGAAUUAUACCAAUGCGGAAGUAAGAGAAGAGAUUUAUAAAAAGUCCCCUAAAGGAUUGGAAAUCAUCGCUUCUAUGAUGGAGUCUAAUUAUAUCAAGCUCUCCAAAUCAAGAUCAUUACCAAUUAACUCAUGGUUCCUUUAUCUUAGAUUAAUCCAUUUGAAAUGGUGUUUCAGUUUUGGUGUACAUGGUCAACUUGUCAGUAAUGACUCUAUAAGAGAUAUUCUUCGAGAAACUGCCACGGACUACCAAGCUCGUUAUGGAGAUUCUAAUGCAGCCCCAGAAGCCUUUGUUGGAUCUGAAUAUACCCUGAAUGAAAAAUUCACAUUUGAUGACAAAAAGAGAACUAAUGCCAUUAGAAAGGCUCGUGUGAAUAAAAUGGCAGAAGAACUUGACGAUUUAGAGUUGAAGUAGUGUUUUUAUUCUUAUAUAGAUUAUAUUAAUGUAUUAUUCGUCAUAUUAUUA